CCCGGCGCCACGCCCGCCGCAGGCCGAGGGCCAGUCACCCGCGGGCCUGCGCCCCGCCGGCCCUCCGCGCCCCGCCCCUGGCCCGCCGCGGGACGAGUAACGGUUACGAAGCACUUUCUCGGGUGCGGUUUCUGCUUAGUCAUUGUCUUCCAGGAAACAGCUCCCUCAUUUCAGCGGCGGCGGCUCGAGUGGUGGCCGCAGAAGCCGCAGCGACCGUCCGCGCCGGCGCCUCCUUCCCUCCCUCCGGGACCGCCUCUCCGUCGCCGCCCGGCCUCCUCGGGCCCGAGCGCACACCGGGCUGUGGCCGCGCGGUGUCGGCAGCCUCGCGCUCGCCUCUGGGGCCUGGGGACACCGCCGCGCCCUGCUAGUCUGCCCGCCCGCCCUCCCUCUGCGGCCCCGGCGCUGCCCGGUCCCCUCGGGCGGCAGCUGCCAUGGGCACCGACAGCCGCGCGGCCGGGGCGCUCCUGGCGCGGGCGAGCACCCUGCACCUGCAGACCGGGAACCUGCUCAACUGGGGCCGCCUGCGGAAAAAGUGCCCGUCCACGCACAGCGAGGAGCUUCGAGACUGUAUCCAAAAGACCUUGAAUGAAUGGAGUUCCCAAAUCAGCCCUGAUUUGGUCAGGGAGUUUCCAGAUGUUUUGGAAUGCACCAUGUCCCACGCAGUGGAGAAGAUAAAUCCUGAUGAAAGAGAAGAAAUGAAAGUUUCUGCAAAAUUGUUCAUCGUAGGAUCGAAUUCUUCAUCAUCAACUAGAAGUGCAGUUGACAUGGCAUGCUCAGUCCUUGGAGUUGCACAGCUGGAUUCUGUGAUCAUGGCCUCGCCUCCCAUUGAAGAUGGAGUUAAUCUUUCCUUGGAGCAUUUGCAGCCCUACUGGGAGGAAUUAGAAAACUUAGUUCAGAGCAAGAAAAUUGUUGCUAUAGGCACCUCUGAUCUAGACAAAACACAGCUGGAGCAGCUGUAUCAGUGGGCACAGGUAAAACCCAAUAGUAAUCAAGUUAAUCUUGCCUCCUGCUGUGUGAUGCCACCGGAUUUGACUGCAUUUGCUAAACAAUUUGACAUACAGCUACUGACUCAUAAUGACCCAAAAGAACUGCUCUCUGAGGCAAGUUUCCAGGAAGCUCUUCAAGAAAGCAUCCCUGACAUUGAAGCCCAGGAGUGGGUGCCGCUGUGGCUGCUGAGGUACUCAGUCAUUGUGAAAAGCAGAGGCAUCAUCAAGUCAAAAGGCUACAUUUUGCAAGCCAAAAGAAGGGGUUCUUAACUACAGCUCAAACUCACAACUCACUGACCUUGUAUUUAUCUGGAACAUAAGAUAAAAAUUGAUGAUAAAAUUGAGAUGUGUAAAAAAAAUCUAGCUCCCGCCUACAAGAAUCGUCCUGAGGUGUGAGUGCAGUUGUUGGCAGUGUGUUGGGUUUUGAGCACGUCCUUGCCUCUGCACAGCACUCACAGGAACCACUGUAUUCUUUUCAUUAAACUGUUGUUUUCUAACUGAAAUUGUCUAUAAAGAAAAAUACUUGCAAUAUAUUUCCUUUAUUUUUAUGAGUAAUAGAAAUCAAGAAAAUUUGUUUUAAGAUAUAUUUUGGCUUAGGCAUCAGGGUGAUGUAUAUACAUAUUUUUUAUUUCCAAAAUUAAUUAAUUGCUUCUUACUCUAUACUUCUAUAACUAAGCAAUUACAUUACAGUUGUUAAAACAUAUGGGAACAGAGUUUUUUUCCUGUCAUCAGCAAAAUAAUCUAUCUCAGAGUAACUAAGCAGUCUACUAGUAAUGUAAAUAAAAUUCAUUCUUUGAUCCACCAAUGGAAAUUUAA